AGCCAAGCCGCGAGCCGAAAGUGAUGAGCCAGCGGAAAUGCACGAAGGGGCAAAAGCGUAAAGUUGGCCAUCUCUCGCCCACCGCUUCACCUUCACUUUCAGGUGGCUCCUCUCCGGAUAAAGCGAAAGCCUUCAGUUCAGCCCCCACCGAUCCGCACAGCCGGAGCCCGGGAGAAGUCGAGAAGAUCAUAUACCCACACCUUACUCGCGCCGCGCGCGCCGCCGUCGACGGCAGCCUCCUCCUCCUCUUCUUCCCCCGUGCCGGCGUUCGCGUUGCCUCCUCGAUCGCGCCGCGCCGCGCCGCGCGCACUCCAGGCGGGCGAGCUGGUUUGGAGAGGGGGCGAGACGACCUGACUCCGCCCUCGAUUGGAAUCGAAUCCAAGAUUGAUGGCGAUGGAGGGACCAAUCCUGUGUCGUGCAGUGAUGCAAGCUAAGCUACCUGUCACGAUGAUCAGCAACUCACUGACCAAGUCUGGGCAGCUUGGGACCGCAUUCCUGGGUUGUGUGUGUAAAUACAGGAAUAUCACUAGACUCAUUUCCCCAAUCUAUCAGCCGGCACAAAAGAACUUUGCUACUGUUUGCGGUAGCUUCAGCUCGUCGUCCGAUGGUAAUGGAUAUAUGGCUGGAAACUUUAGUGAGAGUGAUGAAGAUUAUGUUAAUUCUACUGUGCUAGAAGCAGUUGAGGUGAGAAGUGGGGCAGAGGGAUAUGUAAUCAAGAUGCGAGAUGGGAAAAACUUGAGAUGUGUGCACAAUAAUUCUCAAGGGAGAAAUAUUCCAGAAAGCGCACCACAACCUGCUAUUGUUUUGAGGAUUGAAGAUGGAAGUGAAACUUUACUUCCAAUCAUUGUUUUGGAAAUGCCAAGCGUACUUCUGAUGGCUGCUAUUCGGAAUGUCCACAUUGCAAGACCAACCAUAUAUCAAGUUGUGAAGGAGAUGAUUGAUAAGAUGGGUUAUGAGGUAAAACUGGUUCGGAUAAAUAAAAGAAUUCAAGAAGCAUACUGUGCUGAACUGUUUCUGACGAAGAAACUGCCUAUACUGCAGGUAGGUGACCAUACAGAAAGUAUCACCUUUGAUCUAAGACCUUCAGAUGCCAUAAACAUUGCUGUUCGCUGCAAGGUUCCUAUACAAGUCCAUAGAAGCCUUGCAUACAGUGAUGGCAUAAGAUCAGUCGAGCCAGCAAGAAUGGCGAUAGCAGCCGGCAUGUCUGACGGGUUGUUGUUUACAGAACUUGACAGACCUGAUGGGCAGCCAUGUGUCGAGGCUCAAGAGUUUGGAUUGAUCCGGAACAUGCUCAUUGCAGCUGUUGAAGAGAGAUACAAAGAUGCUGCAACGUGGAGGGACAAACUGAUGCUGCUGAGGUCUAAGCGGAAAAACUGGGCCUGAAAGCGUGGCUCGUCUCAAUGGUGUAAAUAAAGACGAAGCACUGUUGAAUCCCAGAAUGCAUUCCAGAUGACUGAUACUGUCUAUGUAAUUAGAUGUAUAUAUUAUAUGGAACUAAGAACUGGAUUAUGUAAAUUCCGACUGUUUCAGUCUUUCGGAGUAAAGAAUAAUCUGUGGAAAAUCUCUGCAUGUUCUUAGUUGGCAAGCUCACCUCCAUUUUCACAAGUCUACUAUUCCAUGAAAAUAAUAUUUGCCAGCUCAAUGUCCUCUUUCGGACUUAUGUUAAACA